AUGAGUAGAAUAGUGAUCCCCCAAAUUAGUCACGAUACGGUUAUUGGAAUAGAUCAGUUCUCAUUCAGUGUGAAGAAGGGCCAUCCAUUCUGUGGGAUCGUUAACAUACCUGCUGGAACCCACGUUAUCCACUUCCAAAACGACGGUGAAGGUAGUUCCUUGAGGUACGGCUACUGGUUCCGCGACGGGGAUUACUGUUUCACGUAUGAUGAUGACGAUACGCUUGUGAUGAGUGAGGAGCUUGACACUGCGAAGUUCGAGAGCAACGUGGCCCAAUUCGGUAAAGUUGCUGGUGGCGUUAUCGAAUACCCGAAAAUCGAUGAGGAAGCCAAGUGGUAUUCCUUAAGCAAGUUCAUCUUGUGGGAUCAAAUAAGUCAAUUUGCCCCCCCCAGCAAAUACCACAAUAUAAUCCCUGUGGACUCCUCAUUCACAACACUCGAGGAACACGAUAUUGUCAGUAAGACACUCGAUCAUUCACAAGACCGUGAGGGAGGCAAUUUAGCAACGACCUUCCAGUACACACCUAUCAGAUUUAAAUCCAGAGAUGCUAUUCGACCUGGACAUGAGAUGACUGACUUCCGGGAUAGAACUUUUUACCUCAACGAUGUUAUACUACCUCGAUAUUACCGUAACAAGAUGCAGUUAUAUUUCAGCGAGUUACAGUUUUCAUUCUUGAACGGUAUCCUGUUUGGUAACUACGGAUCCAGCUUACAAUGGCACAGUUUGGUGGAGCUUGUCUGUUCAUCUACCAAACUACCACGGGAAAACGACGGGAUAAUAAUACAACAGGUUGACGAGAUUCUCGCAUGUCAAAUGGACACUUUCCCCGAGGAAUACUUUGACGUUCUGUUGAACAAAGAAAUGUGGAGUGACAUUCUACUGGGUAACUCCACUCGACAGGGUCCACAUUUACCCCUGACCCGCGAGGCCGUCAACAAGAAAAUACCUCGCCUACUGGACGGUUCUGAUGGAAGCGUUGACUCAGACACUGCGGAUGUCGAUACCAACACCCAGUUAGAGUACUACGAUUCAGAGACGGGCAACGAUGGCGAGUACCUCCCACCCAUCGACAGUGACAGUGACGGCGCUGUCGUUGUAGAGAGUCUGACAUACAAGCUGCUGCGGCGAUAG